UUUAAGGCUGUGGUUCAAACAGGGUUCACCAUGUCUGACUCGGGGGAUUUGAACCCCAACCCUUCCAAGUGGAGUCUGCUGCAGAUUAGUGCCAUCUGCGCUUUUAGCUCACUCGGCUACUGCGGCUUUACGUCACUUCCGUUUUACGUUUAUGCACACACUGGCCUGUUCUUCUUCGCCUACUAUACUCUGCUGGUGCUGGUCUGUGUGCCGGUAUGUUACGUCCAGAUCAAGUUGGGGGCCCUGUACAAGAGGGGCCUCAUUGGGAUCUUCACACACCUGGUGCCCAUCCUCAAAGGUGUAGCGGCGGGCGCUGCUGAUCAUGACGUACUUCCGGUCCAUUACCCACGCUCUGGAAAUCAGCUAUGGCGUCUAUUACAUGUUUGCCUCGUGUCAGCAGCCCUACCCCUGGGGGAUACAGGAGGAGGUUAACAUGUCGUCCCAUGAAGCUAAGAUUACAAUUUUUGAUAACAUCAAGACAACACCAGAAGACAGUUAUUUUGU